CUGGCGGCUACCGCCAUGGCCACUCUUGUAGGGCCGUCCCCUUCUAUCCUGGAUUCCCCAAACAACUUCGCCUACCGGCGGUGUGGGCAGGAGCUGCACAUCUUGGACUCAAAUACUGGACAUGAAUUGAGCAAGCAUUCGGACCUAUGGUUUCAAGAUGGGUCUGUCAUCUGCCAGGCAGAAACUACUUUGUUCAAAGUUCACUACUCGCAACUUUCGCGUCACUCCGUUCUCUUCAGAGAUGUGUUUACGCUGCCUCAGCCACCCCGCUCCCGGGAGCGGGGUCAGCUGAGGGUUUCUGAAGAUAUCGUGGAAGACUGUGAAACUUGUCCAUUAGUAGUUCUGCAGGAUAAGGCUGACGACGUGGGCAACUUCAUUGCCGCAUUAUACGACGGUCCAAACUUUGGGAAUAAUGGCCGUGAGGACUUUGCUAUUGUAUCAGGUAUUCUUCGGUUGUCCACCAAAUUUCUCGUGGAUUCGCUGCGGGAAAAAGCGCUCGCCCAUUUAUCCAUUGCCUGGCCUUCAACACUGAAAGGCUGGGAUCUGCGGGAGGAUGUUGCCCGAUCAUUCGAGAUGCAGACCUCAAUGAACGGGGGCCACUUUUAUCCUUCUCCCAUCGCGGUCAUCAACCUAGCUCGCGAAGUGACAGCACCCAGCCUUCUACCGGCAGCAUUCUACGACUUGUGUCGAUACACAUUUUCUCAGAUUUAUGAGCCUUCUCAGGACGAACCACUUUACCAACCCUCAGACGCUCCGUCAUUGUCUUCGGCGGACAUGGCGCGUCUGGCCAUCGGGAAAGAAGCAGCCCAAUAUGCUAUCACCACUCUUAUCCAAUCUAUGGGUGCCGCCCAGACUGCCCAAAGGCAGCAAGGACAUUUUAGAAAGAACUCGACAGGGUUCAUUUGCAUGUCUGCGGCCGCGUGCCGAAAAGACUUUAGCGAACUGACACAGUUAGCCACCUCUCACUAUCUAUUCGAUCGGGAACGAGGUCAGAGCGAUCCUCUUUAUGUCUCAGAGGAGAUUGGCCAACUCAAGUCAGCUGAAUUCUCCGAGUGCAAGGCGUGUGCACGCUCACUUGAAAGCUGGGCCUCUCGAGAGCGCAGCAAGAUUUGGGCCAUGAUUAAUGUCUGGUUUCGCUUAGAACAGCCGGUUGAAGUGCCUCCAACCACAACCUCAUGA